CUUCCCCAUGGAUCUUACCGACAUCCCGUUCAACGUGCCUGUGAUCCUGUGGUCGUUCUUUCGCCAAAAGACCCUGCAGAGCCCUUUCGGCACCAAGAAAGCGCACUGCCUGACCGACAACCGCGACUUCUACGAGCAAAUGAUCUUACGUCGUGUCCGUGACGAUAAGGUCGCCAUCCAAUCCGUCCACAAUGGGCGCUACCUUCAAGUUCGCUCAAGCGGGGAAUGCGUCUUCGACUCGAAAGAGCCUGGAGAGCGUGAGUUCUUCACGAUGGAGACGCACUCGAACUACUUCUGCUGUGCUCUGUACUACGUGUCGUGCAACACGGGACUCGUCCUUCAAUGCGACGAGAACGAUGUCGUCAAGUGUGCGAACCAGUUGCGCGAAGUUUGCGAGGCCUGGAGGAUCGUGGAGCCCCGUACAAGCACUGCCCCAACUACCACCGCACUGCAGCGAGUUGGCAGCCAACGCUACGUUCUGGCCGAACAAGAUCGCCAGCGUGUAGUCGAGGAGCUCGCUGGACGCGGAAAGACUCCAGAGGAGAUCGAGCAAAUCGUCAUGAUAGUCGUUGAUGCUCCUGUGGCUACCGCUUCGACCUCACCUCUCGUCGUACCAGUCUACAAGGCGUAGACUCAGUUCACAGCAGCCCUGGGUAUCUUCAUGUUGAUAACAGCGUAUUAAUCUCAGCGUACCGGAACUUGCUGGCUCGUACUGGAGAGUGUACCAUCAGUAGACGAGAGGAGAGCCAUUCGAUUAGCCUCAUAGUCUUCUACUAAUUCAUCCAUCUUCACUUGAACAUCAUCUGAAUAAUCUCGCCAUUGUUGCAAUGC